AUGUUAAAGAUGUUUACGAGUAUCGUAUUGCUGGAGUUAAAGCUUGUCCUAAUGUAUUUAAAUAUUUUAAUGAAUAUACUUUAUUAACCAAAAAGUGUAUAUCGUAUACAUUAUGAAAAGAUUUACAUCAUGAUCUUGCAGCAAAAAACCAUCUAGAUCCUUUAAAAAAGUUAUUAAUGAAAGAAAAAGCUAGAAUGAUAAAUAAAUCAAAUGUUUUUUAAAUAUAAGGGAAAACAAGUCAUGGUUUAACGUAUACAAUUAUAAGUUAUGAAGCUAUAAAGACAGAUGUAAAAAUAUAUAAGGUCUGAAUUAGCAAAUAUUGGUUUUAUUAUAGGUUUUAUCUUGCUCUUUUUUUUUUUUUUUUGCUGACGAAGUAUGCACAAAAGCACAAAAGCACAAAAGCACAAAAGCACAAUACUUCUUUUGCCUUGCUGUAUGGGGACAGCAAGGCAAAAGAAGCAUAAGCCGGGCUUGUGUGUCAUACAUACUUCUGCUUCUUUGCUUUGCUUCUGUGCAAGGCAAAAGAAGUGACCUGACCAUUGCUUCUGUGCAAGGCAAAAGGAGGAGGGCUCUGCCAAAGAAAGCAAAAUAUAAACUAUAGUAUAUUAAUAUACCAUAGAUUUAGUUAAUCUUUAGUUAUUACUACUUGUAACUCUUAAGUUAAAAGUUCUAUAUAAUAUUUUAUAGUCUUUUAACAUUUAUUGAGGCUGGUCUACCUUAGUAGUACUACCUACGUAGUUAUCUGACCUCAUGCCUACUUCUGCUUCGCUCUCCUUACUUCGUAUUACACACCCAGUCUUCCUUGAGAAGACACACCCCUUGCUGUACUUCGUCCGAAAUUGUGAGGCAUGGUAUGAAACAUCCCAGUCAAAGCAAAGCAAGCCGGACGAAGUAUGCACAAGGAGGAGGUUAGUGCCUCACAAUUCCUAACGAAGUAAGCAUGUUUCACCAGCAAAUGCAAGAAGUAUGGGACCUAUUAUUUAUAAGGGAGGCCAUACUUCUUUUGCUUUCCCCAUACUUCGCUUACUGGGAGGGCCCUCCCAGCGACUGGACUGUAAGAAGAAGAAGUAUGGGGACAGCAAGGCAAAAGAAGCAUAGCCAAAGCAAAGGAGGAGGUAAGCCAUCUGAUAUAAAUAAGGAAAAGUUAGUAUAAAGAUUAGCAAUACUAGUGUCAACGGUUAAUGAAUUUCUCAUUUAAAGACCGUCGGUUAUUUAAGUGACCGCUACAGACUGGUUCACUGGUAGGUGUCUGAAAUGAUGCUUAAUGUACAGUCGGUUUUUUCCUUAAUAUGUUUUUACAUAUUAUGCACAAGCCCGGAGUUAUACUACCGGUACCUGGGUUUAAUACGAGAAAAUCAAUAUUAUUGAUUAUAAAUUAAAUUUGAAGAAAUGGAUUCUUUGGUUUUAAAUGGCCCUUUUUAGGAGAGAUCUUAAAUUUGAAUUGCGCUAUAUGCUGGAAUCACCUAGAGUCUACCUAUUUUUACUACGAAAAUAAAUUAGACUGAACCCUCUUAUGAAGGGCGGAGUUUAUGGGUACUAAUAAUAUAAGUCUGGGCUUAAGCCUAGCCGUAUUGGUUAAAAACCCUAAAAUCCGUAUGUGCAAUCAGCCGGUAACCAACGAUAGAAGUUAUUCUUCUCAUCUAGUAGGUACCUCAGAGACUACACGCGCAAUAUCCUUUGGUGGUUCAAAAGAAACACGUUUCAAUCAAUGGUUAGCUGGUCUUAUUGACGGUGACGGAAGUUUGCAAGUUAGCAAAGCAGGAUAUUCUAGUUGUGAAAUAACUGUAGCUCUUGCUGAUGAACGUAUGCUGCGUAUUAUCCAGAACAAACUAGGGGGUUCUAUUAAACCUCGUAGUGGUGUUCAAGCUAUUCGUUGGCGUUUACACAAUCGUCAAGGUAUGUUAAAAUUAAUAAAUCGUAUAAAUGGCUAUAUUAGACACAGUAGUCGAUUGGUUCAACUUAAUCGUGUAUGUACUAUACUAAAUGUGGAACUUUUAAGCCCUGAUACUUUACACAUUAAGCAUGGUUGGUUUGCAGGGUUUUUCGAUGCUGACGGGACUAUAGGUUAUUAUUUUAAAGGUAAUAACCAUCAACCCCAGUUAACUUUAAGUGUCACUAACAAACUAUAUUUUGAUGUAAUACACUUUAGUACUUGUUUUGGUGGGGCUAUUUACUUUGAUAAAGCACAAAAUGGCUACUACAAAUGAAGUAUACAAUCAGAGGCUAAUUUUUCAGCUUUCCUGGAGUACACUAAAGUUUGUCCACCUCAAUCUAUUAAACGUGAUCGUUUAUUUUUGGUUGGGGAGUAUUAUCGCCUGGUGGAAAUAAAAGCGCACAAAGCACCAGACGAUACAGUACUACACAAAGCUUGAAUUAAUUUUAACCGUAAAUGGAAAUAGUUGUUUUUUUUUUUGCGGAGCACCGGUGCAUGCUUAUUUCGGACGAAGUACAGCCAGCAAAAAAAUAAGUGAUAAAGAUAUAGUCCGACUCUUUUUAGCUUAUCUUUAUAAAAAGAUAUAUGUUCUAUUUAGAUAGUCAAACCUAAAAAGAGAUCGCACCCAGAAGUUUAUAUAUUAAUUAUACCAGGUUUUGGUAUUAUAAGUACCACAAUAUCAGCUAGCUCUAAUAAGAGUGUAUUCGGUCAAAAUGGCUCUUUAAUUGAAUUCUUUCAAUUAACGCAACAAACUAUAUGCAGGAAGCUCCUGAAUGGUCGUGCAUUGGCUAUAGCAGAUAAAAGCCAUUCGCUAUUAUUCAAUACUAGGAAUAUAAGCAAUACUAUGUAUUCCAUUCUAGUAAAAAUUUGAAUAAUAAGGAGUAAUCCGCAGAUAACCAAAGCACAAAGUAUUUUUUUAGAUAACCAUAUUAAAAGAUAUUUUAAUUUAUUUAAAAGAUCUCUAACCACACUUCCCCCUAACAUGAUAAAUCCCGAAUCAUCUUUGACACCAGCGUGAGUAACAGGUUUUGUGGAUGGGGAAGGUUCUUUUUCUAUUAGCCUUGUCCAAAAUAAAACUUAUAAGAUAGGUUGGCAAGUUCAACUUAGUUUCAAAUUGGGUCUUCAUGAGAAAGAUAGACCUCUCUUAGAACAAAUUAAAAAUUUCUGAGAUGCAGGUAUAAUAUCUAAAGAUGGUCCAGAGUCUUUUAAUCUUAGGGUACGAUCAAGAGAAGAUUUAAACAAAGUUAUUAAACAUUUUGAUCAAUAUCCUCUGAUAAGUAAAAAACGAGCGGAUUUUGAUUUGUUUAAAGACGCGUUUUUUAUAGUUAAAAAUAAACAGCAUAUUACAAAAGACGAUUUAGUCAAAAUAGCUGCAAUUAAGGGUGCGAUGAAUUUGGGACUUUCUGACUUAUUAAAAAAUUCCUUUCCUGAUAUCCCUCUAGUCGAAAGACCUUUGGUUAAAUAUACCCCAAUACGUGAUCCUCAAUGA